AUGAGGCCAAGUAAGCUGUUAUCUUCGCUUGCGACUAUUUCCAGUACAGUGUCGGCACAAACACUCAAACGCUACUGUGAUGCAACAACAUCAAUAUGCUUCUCUGGGUGGACAGGCACGAAUGGCAUCACCUUCGGAAUCGCGUUGCCUGAAGCGAAAGCGGCACCCUUUGACACCGUUUUACAGAUAGUCUCACCUAUCAAGAACGGAUGGGUUGGGUUCUCGUGGGGAGGAACAAUGCCCUAUGUGCCACUCACGAUUGGAUGGGUUAACAAUGCAUCAAAUACCGCUAUUUACUCGUCAAGGAUGGCAUACGGUUUGAGCUUACCACAGCCCUAUGACGGAACCGAGUACUCAUACCUCAGGGGCACCGGCUACAAUGCUACACAUUGGACACUCAACGUACGAUGCAAAGGAUGCUCCCAGUGGCACGACGUGGAUGGAAAUCUAUCCUCGAUAAAUCCAACAGCCACCGCACAGAAGUUUGCCUACGCGCUGGCGAGCAAGCUGCCGGCUCAACCAGCAAACAAUAGAUCCACUUUCAACGUUCACAACUCGUUCGGUAAUUACAAAGUGAAUCUAACGCAGGGCCAGAACACGAACUUCGACCAACUAGUUGCAGCAAAUCUCAUUAAAGAUGCACCGCCUACAUCAAGUAGUGCCUCGGUUCCUAGCUCAACCAUCAGUGCACGGCCAACGAGUCUCAGUACAAGUAUCCUUUCGUCCGCUACACCCGGACCAACACAAACAGGCGUACCAAGAUCGUGUGCUAAUGUUGCGCCUCUUCAUUUCCCGGUUAAUACCGCUAAGGGAUGGAGAGCUGUCAAGGUAGCCGGCGGAUUGACUCAGCCUCGAGGCCUCCUCUUCGACACUGCUGGCAACCUUCUAGUCGUUCAAAAUGGCCUCGGUAUUACUGCCCACAAGAUUGAUCCUAACGGCUGCUUCGCAUCCUCCAAAACUAUUCUCACUCAUCGGAACUUGAACCAUGGCAUUGUGCUUAGCCAAGAUGGCAAAACGCUCUAUGCAAGCUCAGCGACUUCGGCAUUCGCUUGGGCUUACGACGCAGCAACAAUGAGUGUAUCUGGAAAUUCAACGACAAUUGUGUCGGGAAUGGACGCAAGAGGGCAUGUGACCAGAACGUUGGUCAUCCCGCCAAAGCAUCCGCAUCUACUUCUCGUCUCACAUGGCUCGAACGACAACUUUGACUACGGCUCCGCCGACAUCAAAACGGGUCGGUCUUGCGUGAAGGUCUUUGAUACCACGGCUACGCCAGCUGACGGAUAUCGCUAUGCCACUGGCGGUUAUCAAAUGGGAUAUGGUCUGCGAAACGAAGUUGGCCUAGCUUUUGACGAAGACGGUAUGCUGUGGGGCGUGGAAAACUCAUCCGAUGAGAUCACUCGAACCAUCAACGGGGUAUCUAUUGAUAUCCAUACUGAUAACCCUGCCGACGAGAUCAACUAUCUCGGCGACCCAGCCAAAGAGAAUACGCAAUGGUAUGGAUAUCCGACAUGUUAUACUCUUGCCAAACCAGAAGCGAUCACGGACCGCAGAUUUGCGGUAGGCGAUCAGUUUGUUCUUGAGCCGAACACUACAUUCACGGACGACACGUGCAAGUCGAGAAGCGUAGCUGCCAAACUCGCUCUGCCCGCACACUCUGCGCCACUCGACGCAACGUUCAACAAGAACUUCACCAGCUUAUACAUCACCAUCCACGGGUCAUGGAAUCGCAAUCCUUCGACGGGCUACAAAGUGAUUGAUGUGCCGUUCGCAAAGGGCGCGAAUGGCUUUGGACCGAAGGCGUCGCUGAAUAGCACGACCGGCUGGACUGAUAUUUUCUGGAAUGAUAAUGUUGAACAGUGCUCGACGACACAGUGCUUCAGGCCUGUUUCCAUUGCGACGGACAAAUUUGGAAGGAUGUAUAUUACGAGCGAUAGCGGAGCAGAGGGUGAGAUGAUCAUCUUGGGAAGAGAGUAGAUGGUGGACUCCAGGUGGAGGGAGAAAGAAAGCAGUAACACAACAUCAGGCUAUAGAAUUGCACAGUGCAGGCUCGGAUGAUGUCACCACUCUUGUACAUACGCUCAUUUCGUAAAGUCGAAGACAUUAUUUUCCC